AUGCAUUUCUUCAAGUCUCUGAUAGUGGGCGGGGCAUCGAUAUGGACGGCUGCUUCUGCUGUGGCAUCAACUAAGCCCAACAUCCUCUUCAUCUUGACGGAUGAUCAAGACUGGCACAUGGAAUCAAUUCAACAUAUGCCUCUUCUACAAAAGUACAUACUCAACGAAGGGACUCUGUACAGCAAUCACUUCUGCACCGUGGCGCUCUGUUGCCCAUCACGCGUGACUCUGUGGACAGGAAGAGCGGCCCAUAACACAAAUGUGACAGAUGUAUUUCCUCCGUACGGUGGAUGGCCAAAGAUCUUGAGGGAGGGCAUCAACGACGACUACCUACCGCUGUGGAUGCAGAAUGCAGGCUACAACACCUACUAUACCGGGAAACUCUGGAACCACCAUCAUAUCGACAACUACGACAAGCCACGAGCCAGAGGCUUCAACGGCAGUGAUUUCCUCCUUGACCCGUACACGUACGAAUACUACCAUUCCCGAAUGUCCCGGAACAACGAACGCCCCGUCAGCUACGAAGGACAGUACAGCCCGGAUGUGAUAGCACAGAAAGCCUACGGGUUCCUGAAUGAAGCCAUGCAGCACAAAGAGCCCUGGAUGUUGACGGUUGCACCGGUUGCGUCGCAUGGCAAUGUCCGCUUGGAAGGUGGAUGGGAGAUCAGCGCCCCGAGGUAUGCUAAACGGCACGAGCAUCUCUUCAAGGACUACAAAAUACCACGCGACAAGAACUUCAAUCCUGAAAAGCAAGGAGGGGUCUCCUGGGUUAAGAACUUGCCACUCUUGAACGAUACCGUGGUCGCCUAUAACGACGAGUACCAGCGUGCACGCCUGCGGUCUUUGCAGCCCGUGGACGAGAUGAUUGAGAAUUUGGUCAAGAUGCUGGAGGCAAAAGGAGUUCUGGACAAUACCUACAUAUUCUACACAACAGACAACGGAUAUCACAUCUCGCAACAUCGUCUGCACCCUGGGAAAGAAUGUGGCUACGACACCGACAUCCAUAUCCCGCUGGCUGUCAGAGGGCCGGGGGUCGCAGCUGGCCGAGUGACCAAGGCCGUAACGUCGCACACAGACCUGUCUCCUACCAUCCUCCAACUGGCGGGACAGUCACGCGAGGACUUCGAUGGGCGUCCAAUCCCUCUCUCUGCAGAUGAGACUGCACAAGAUACUUCGAACUGGGAACAUGUCAACAUCGAGUUCUGGGGUCGGGCUGUCCCAGAGGGGACCAUGGGCAAGUACACUGAUGACUACAAUCCCGAGUGGGGCUUCGAAGGGGCGAUCAGGAACAACACCUAUAAAGGCCUCCGCUUGAUAGGUGACGGGUAUAGUCUCUACUACUCUGUCCACUGUACUGGAGAACACGAGUUCUAUGACUCCAUCAAUGAUCCCGGGCAGCUUGUGAACCUCUUCGACGAUCGAGACGUAUCUGCGGCAUACUCUCUCCGAGGUCGUCCAUUUGACGAGAUCAUUCAUCGCCUGGACGCCUUGAUGAUGGUGCUCAAAUCGUGCAAGAGCGAGAGCUGCCUCAAGCCUUGGGACGCGCUGCACUCCAGCGGAAAUGUGGCUACCUUGAAGGAUGCAUUGCACCCCGACUUUGAUGCCUUCUACAAGGCCCAACCAAAGGUUGCUUUCACAUCUUGCGAGCUGGGAUAUAUUCGCGAAGCCGAAGGUCCACAGGAUGCCAAUGUCCUCGGAAGCGCAGCAACGCGGCUCGAAUUGAGGGAGCAACAAGCCUCGGGGCAAAGUUUUGGUUACAAAGGCCACUGGAGUCACUGGACCUGA